AUUCCGAAGGAUUGAAGGUGAAGACACAAGUGAUGACGAUUUCUAAGUUUUAUUCGACCUGGGCAGUGAUUCUUCUUUUAGCUAUGGCGGUUACUGCAGAAGAUGAAAAGGAAAGCUCUAUUCAGAUGACGGAUGAUGAGAAUCAUGACGCUAAGUCAUCAGAUUAUACGAGAUUGACUGUAGAACGUCUACGGAGCCUAGCACAGAUCCAGCUCCAGUAUCCUGCACCUGACACGACAACUCGGAAUGGGCGAGAUUUGUGCCGCCUGAUGGGAGAGCUUUGUAACACGACUGAUUUAAAUGUGCAAUGCUGCGACGGGCUUGUUUGUCUGGGCGACUCCUGUGCCAUUGUUUUCAGCCCCCCUAAUCCCUGACUCGACGCUGGAAGAGACGUCACAUCUCGUAUUCCAAUAAGCAUCUGAUUCAGGUGAUAUAUGUAUGGAUGGACUGAUUUCAGAACUACCCGUAGAUAAUUCUCAUCGUCUUUUUCCCACCUCUCGGGCUUCACAUACCACAAUUGCAAGGCUGUUGCAUGAAUAAAUGCGAUCGCUCAUUAUAACGAAACAAUGAUCGUCAACUAACGAGGCUGAACCAUUCAACACAGCUCGUAGAGACUCGUCUGAUAACUGUAACUUCAAUAUCUGCAGAAUAUGAAAUUGCGGGAGGAUUUUUUGUCUGAAAUGAGUACCAACGCCGCUAAUCUUCAGAAUGGUCCAAACGAUUCGU